AUGGCCAAAAUGUGGAAUUCGUCUUAUCGUGAAUAUAUUCAUUACAUUUCUACAACGUCUGAAGAUGAACAGAAACGAUCGUUUACCUGUGCACAAAUAUUUCAACAAAUUCAAAUACAAAUUAAAAAUCCAAAUACUAGUCAAGCUAUUAUUGAUUUUCUUCCAAUAUUCUAUCGCCAUUGUGUAAUGUUAGUAGAACAAACUCCAUCAGAAAUAUUUUAUUCACUGCAGUAUUUUGAUAAAAUGUUAAUAACAAAUGCUAAUGAACAGGUUUAUUUAAAUGGAAUACAACGAAUAUUACAGAUCUUGGAUGAAAGACAUCUGUUUGAUCAAUUAUUAACGAUGGAUGAGAAAAGUGAAGAUGUAAUCAAUUGGAUGAAACAAUUAUUAGUAACAUAUCUGAAUUCAUCAAAUAAACAAUUGUAUUCAAAUUUAUGUGUUACAUGUUUACAUUUAAAUCCAUCAUUAAUCGAAACAAUGUUACCUGACAUAUUUGGUACAAUUUCUGAUGAUCCAGAUGCUUUAUCAAUAUUUCUUAUUGAUUAUAUUGAUUUAUAUUAUCGAAUGAGAACAUUAGCAAAAAUACCAAAAAAAUUGCAUUCAGCUUGUAAACUUGUCACAGAUUUAACAAUUCACGUACAAACAAAUAUUUUUGAACGGUAUCAAGAAUAUAUUCAUUCGUGUCAGCAUAGUGUGGUUAAUGAAAUAUGGCAAUCAUUAUUAGACCAAUUGAGUUCUGUUGAUGGUAAAACAAAUGCUAUUCGUUUAAUAUUGAUUCAAUUUCUUUCAUGUUUAUUUAAUUCUUAUCGAAUAUUUGAUUUACACAUACCCAAACAACAUUUAGAACAAUGUGAGAUGAAAUAUAAUCAAACUCUCAUAUUAUUACAAGACGAAAUUUUACAACAAAAGGAAAAAUAUCCAAAAUUUGGUCCAAUUGUUACUCAAACAAUUUUAAAGUGUUAUUUAUCAAUGGGUUGGUUUGCCCUAGCUUUAUCAUCAUUUUCAAAUUAUUUACAUUUUACCUGGUCGAUGUCAACGACAGAUGAUGAAACAGUGAAAGAUAAAGACACAGCUACACUUAAUCAUAAUGGAUAUCUAUUUACAAAACAGAAAUGGUUAGAAUUUCACCGACAAGUCAUCGACAACGAAAACGAAGACGACCUAAGAAACAUUCUGUUUCAACUGUGUUGUCAACGUUUAUAUCGUUUAUUAUCAUUUGACGAACAAAGUGACGUUCAUAUUGUUUUAACCCAAUUGAAAGAUUUUCUAGAGCAUCCAAACAUAUCGUCAAGUGUUCUCCAACAAGUUGAACCAUUCUUAUUUCGAUUAUCUCAUAAAACACAAAUGAAACUGAUUCGAACAUUUAUUGAUCAAAUUAUCGACAAUAAAUCAUUUCAAUUAUUAUUUUUAUUAAAUGAACAACGUUUACAAAUGUUGAUAAUUGCCAUUUGUGAAAAGUUUAUUCAACAACAACAAGAUACAGUGAGAGAAAAUGAUUUACAAACAUCAAAUAAAAAGAGAAAAUCAACUUAUACGGAUAGUAUGGAAUAUUAUUUUGAGAUAAAUGAUAAUGGCACCGCAUUAUAUGAUUAUUUAGUAACUAAAAUAAGUGAUCAAACCAUUUCAUUAACUGAUGCAAAUAUUGUCACCUUAUUAUCAUCAAUUCAUUAUACUUCAAUAAAAUCAUGCCAUUUAUUAGUUUCAAUUGGUUGGUUGAUAAUGAAGAAGACCAGUCAUCAGAAUGUUUUAUCAUUACAAAUUCUAAUUGAUAUAUGUAAUACAAUGAAUGGUGUUAACUUACCCGAACUAUUUUUAUCAAAUAUAUUAGAAUAUAUAUUAUCGGAAAAUGUAGCAUCAACUAUAGCCAAGAGUCAGUUACUCAACGUGUAUUCAUCUAACACACAAUAUCAUACUUAUAUCAUCAAACAAAUGCAUAACACGAUCAAGGAAAUAAAAAAAUUAGAUUAUUAUCAAAAGUUAAAAUAUCUAGAACAUUGUAUACCAUUACUGAAAUGUUUUAAACAAAUCUAUACAUUUGAAUAUACUGAAAUUGUAGAUGAAUUAUGUAAUCUAUAUGAACAAUUAAUAAAAUCUUAUGGACAACAAUCAUCAAAAAGUUCUAUUUAUUCAACAAUGAAUCCACAAUAUUCUCUUGCUCAUUGUCUCAUGUUAUUACCAGAAAUACGUAUGAAAAGUGAUCAAUUUAUUGAAUUUAUUCGUUUAUCAUGGAAAUCUUAUUCAGCUGAAUUAGAUUUUGUUGAUAAUGAAGAAAAUAAAGAAUUAUUACUUGUGUAUGGUCAACAAUGGUCACUGUUAAAUACAGAUGAUAUUGAAUUAUAUAUAAAAUAUUGUUCAAAAUAUCAAAAUGAUGAACGAUUUCAACAAAUAAUAUCAAUAAGAAUUAAUCAAUAUUUAAAUUUAGAUCAAUUUCAAGAAUUAUGUCAAACGGCAAUUCAACAUAUUUCUAUUCCAGUUGUUAGUGUCAUAGAAUUUGAACAAUCGUUAAUGUUUAUGCUAACAAUACUAGAAUGUCAAUUAGAUAAAGAGAAAGAUUUACAUUUUGGAAGUAGAAUCAAUGAGAUUUCUAGUCAAUGUGGUCCAUUAUUAAUUCGUACAAGUUUAUUAUAUUCUAAUAGGCUUAGUGAUAAUGAAUCUCUUCAAGAAUAUUUUCAAAUUAUUAAAUUUACUUUAACAUUUUGUUUUCAUUCAAAACUUCGUUCACAAACAGCUAUGAGUUUUCUUCAAUGUUGUUUACAUUUACCAUUGGAAUUAUUUAAACCUCACGAAUUUCUCAUCAUAGAAGAAUUAUGUUGUAAAAUCGUAUCACAACUGUUAAAACAUCAUUCAAAUACAUUAUGCAAAAAUGUACCAGCUAUUGAAUUGAUUCUUAAAUUGUUAUUGAAUGCAACCGUAAUACAGUCAAAAAAUGUCUUGAAACAAUAUCAGAAUAGUGCUAGUGAACUAGAUUUAAUUGUUGAUGCAGCGAGAAAUAUAAGCAAAUUAUCGACUCAUCUUGUUGUGCAAUGUAGAGAACAUUUUCGUUCAACAAUUAUUUAUGUUAUAUUAGAUUAUGUAUCGAUGUUAUCAAAAUUUCAUUUACAACAACCG